AUGAAGAAGAUUUUACUUAAUAAUCCUUUCAAUAACAUACUUAGAAUUUUUAAAAGAUAUGAAAAUUCUACUAAAUUAAAAAUAAAAGAAUAUGAAGAAUGCUUAAAAAAUUUAUCUAACCAUAAUAAACUACUAAGGAUAGAUAUUAAUGGAAAAGAGAAAAAAAUAAGCAAAUACUUUUUUGAUAAAAAUAAAUAUAUAUAUGUGAAAAAUAAAGACGAUAUAAAAGCCUUUGAUAACAAAGCGAAAAUAGAAAAUACAGAUAUAUAUGUUAUAAAAAAAAGUUUAAAAAAGGAGAGAAAAUUACAAAAAUCAUUAAAAACAUUUAAGGAUACAUAUGAUUUAUCACAAGAAGAAUUUAUAUAUAUGAAAUUUAUAUAUAAAAUAAAAAUAAAGAAUAUAUUUUCAUUAAUAAAUAAUUUAAGAAAAAAUAUAUACAUAGAUAGACAAAAAGAAAAAAUAUUGUUAAAUUGCAUAUACAAAUAUUUAAGUUAUAACUGUUACGUUCUAUCAAAAAAUGAAUUUUUUUUUUUUAUAUAUAUUUUUCCUCAACAUAUUAAAUACUCAAAUAAAGUUGUAUAUUAUUUAACUAAGCUAUUGGAAAAUAACCAAAUAGAUAUAGAUGAAUGUUUAACAUUAAUGGUAGAAAUAAACUUAUUAAACAUUAAUUAUCAUAUUAGAAAUAAAUAUAUUGAUUAUAUAAACAGAAAUAAAAAUAAAAUACAUUUAUUUCAUAUAUUUGAUUUAUUAACUAAAGGUUCUUAUAUGUUUUCUAUUUUAUUGAAUCACUCUAAUGAAAAUAAAGAUUUUAUCUUUAUAGAAAAUAUUCUGAAUACAUUAAAAGAUAAAAAAGUUGUUUUUAAUGAAGAAAUAAAAAAUAAAUACAUAAAUUUUAUUUCAGUUUAUGCAAAUAAUAAUAUUUAUUUGAAAACUUUUUUUAAUGAUAUAUAUAUUUUGUUAUAUAAAAAAAUAUUUUUAGAAAAUUAUAAUUACAUAAAAGAUAAUGAUUAUAUUAAAAAUGUAAUUAAAUUAACCAAUGAUAAUAUCAUAUUAAGGCAUAUUAAUAGCAUAUUAUUGAUGAAUAAUAGACAAACAAUUUUAAAUAGCAAUAAAAAUGUUAAAAUAAAGGUUUUUCCUUCUUUUUUAGAAGAAAAAAAAGAAAACAAAACACAAAAUAUAGAUAUAAAUUCCAUUAACUAUGAUAAUAUUAGUACAUAUAAUGUUAAAAACGUAAAGGAUAAUAUAAAUAAAAUGCAUAGUAACAUUAAUGGAAAAAAGUAUACAAACAAAAAAGAGAAUUUAUUGGAGGAAAAAAAAAAUAAUACAUAUUGUUUAAAUAAAUUUUCAUCGGAAUACAUAAACAAUAUAAAUAAUUUAAAUGAAGGAAUAUAUACAAAAGAAAACUACAUAAAUAGAAAAAAUAAUAAUUUGUAUAAUAAAAAAAUCACAUGUAAUAAAAGUAAAAAUAUUUGUAUUAACAAUAAUAAACAAAAUAUUUUUAAUAAUAAUAAUAAUAAUAAAAAAAACCAAAAUUUAAUAUAUGAAGAAAAAUUUACCACAAAAAAAGAGUCCAUAAGUAAUAUACUUCAAACAAAAAAAAAUAUAUUUUAUUUCACUUAUGCAUCGGAUAAAAUAAAAAGUUCGAAAUAUGAAGAAUUAAAAGAAAAAUAUAAAAUACCAACAAAAAUAACUGAUAAAAAUGUAAAAAUUUUACUAAAAUUUCUAAAAAUGUCUUUUCAUUCAAAAAAUUCUUAUCUAAAUGAGAUAUUUGAUAAAAAAAAUAUAUUCCAAAUAAUGUCUAAUAUAAAAAAUAUGAGAUUAAAAUAUGAUAAAAAUGAUGGAAAUUUUGUAAAAUUGUUUAAUCAAUUUUCCAAUAAAUGGAGCCAUAUAGGCUUUAAGAAAACUAUUCAUGAAAAUCUUAUUAAUUCUCAUGAAAAUGAGAAAAAAGAGACAACAGAUAAAUUAGAAAAUAAUUUUUUACCUGUAUAUUUAAGAGAUACUAUGAUUGAUAGAAAAAAAGAAAAAACUAAAAUAGAUAUAAAUAAAAUGAAAAAAAGUAGUGAUGUAAAUUUGAAGUAUUAUUUAAUUUCAUCUUUUAUAAAAAAGAAUAAAUUUUCUGAGAAUGAUAUACAUUUGUAUGAAUGUUUUAAUAAUUCAUUAGAUAGUCAAAAUAAAAAUAAUUUUUUUAAUUUUAAUAUAGAAAAAAAGGAAAAUAGUGAUAUUUUGAAUUUAGUUAAGAAUAUUUAUUUUAAUGUAGAGUAUAAUAAUAAAAUUUAUUAUAAAUCUCAAAUAAACUCCAUUUCAAAAUUUUUAUUUUAUCUUUGUAGAUCUAUUGAAUCAUAUUUUGAAAAUAUAAUAAAUUAUGACACAAAAGACAAAAUUACUAACUUGAACUAUUUCACAAAAACUUUUUAUGAAAUAUUUACAUUCGUUUUAAAAAAUAUUAACCAUAUAAAUAUUUCAAAUUAUUUUUAUAUUUUUGCAUCUUUAUCUAAAUUUGUUAAUAUUUCAUUAAUUUCUGAUGAACAGAAAAAAAAUAAUAAAAAUGAUUAUAAUAGUAAGACAUCAAAUUUAUUAUACAUUAUAUAUUUAGUAAAAAAAUAUGAAUAUAAUAUUAUAAAAAAUAUAUUAAAUGAUAAAAAUAAUCAAGAUUAUUUUUUAUAUAGUGAAUAUGAUAAGAAUAAUAUAAAUGAAUACAAAAAAUUGAAUUACGAAACUCUCCAUGCAAGCAUUCUUAAUAAUUUUAAAAUAAAUAAUUUAUGUAAUUCUGGAAAUUUGAAAAACAGAUUAUUACUUAAAAAAGAUACAAUAAAUGAUUUAGAAAAUGAAAAUGAUAUAAAAUAUAUAAAUGAUACAAAUGACAUAACAAAUAGAAAUAACAUUAAUAUAAUUAAUAAGAAUGAUAAUUCAAAUUCAAUAUUUUAUAAUUAUAUAUUUAUUAAUAGCUACAAUUUUAUUAUAAUGUAUUUAAAUAAUUAUCUUGAUUUUUCUAAAUUUAAAAUGAAAAAAUUUUUAAUUUGUAUUUUUUAUUUAUAUGAAAUGAUUCCUUUCAAUAUAAAAUUUAUUUAUCAUUUAGAAUCAAAGUUGUACAAGAAUCAUAUGAAUUUUAUUAAUAGAUAUUUUUAUAUAUAUAAUGGACUUAAUGAAAAUAAAAUAUUAUUAAAUGAACAAUACUUAGCACUAAUAAAAGAAUAUUACUUAAAUGAAUAUAGUGAUAAUAACUUAAUAAAUUCUACAGAGAACCUUAUCUAUAAUUAUAAAUGUAACAUUUACGAUAAUAUUGAAAAUAUAUUUAAAAAUAAAAAAAAAAUUUUUUUACUUGAAGAUACGUUGAAUUUUACUUUUAUUUAUAGUUUAAAUAAAUUUUUCUAUUCCACUAUAUAUUAUGAGAUUUCUAAACAUUUAUACAAAUUUGACAUAACAUUUUUAAAUGCAAAAACAAAAAUGUUGUUAUUUUUUUUAUUUUUUCAAUGUAAAAAUGUAUAUAAACCUUUUUUAUUUUUGCUUCUAAAUGAUAUUAUAAAAUGUAAUCAGAAUUUAGGAAGAAUUAAUUUAUACAUUUUAUGUAACCUUAUUUUAAUAUUAAUUAAAGACAGCAAAAUUAGAAUAAAAAAUGUUAAUUAUGUUAAAAGAAAAUACAGUAAAUUUCAAUGUAAUUAUUUCUUCCCAUUAGAAUUAUUUGUUUUAAAAAAUUUAUUAAUUUUCGUAGAAAAAAGAAUAAAAAAUUUAGAAAAAAAUAUAGAAUCAAGAGAAACUAGAAUAAAUACCAUAAAAGAAAAAAUUAAUGUAAAUAAUCUAUUCAUAUUUAAUAUAAAAUAUUUUAAAGAUGAUUUAAAAUUUAAUAUUCCAUUAUUGAUUGAAAAUUACAAGAAAUAUUGUCAAAUAAAAAAUGUAAAAGAAAAAAAUAAUAUAAAUAACAACUUUUCUUCUUUUUUUUAUUUUGAUGAUGUAAUAGAAUCAGAAAUUUUUAAAAAUUCCUUAAAUUUUUUAUCAUUUGAUUAUGUUAUGGAAAAUUUUCAAAUAUCUAAAAAAUCAAUAUAUUAUGAUUUAUUAUGUCAUCUAAAAAAAAAAAUAAAUAUUAUUUAA